UAGUGACGUCAUCACGUACGGUUUGAAUCUGAGCCCCAAACAGUCAGUUGUGUUCGUGGCGGGUUUUAAAGAGGAUUUUUGUUGUUUUUAUCCUGUUGAAGUGCUUUUCAGAGGUUUCUACGGAGUCCGGACUGGUUCGGUUCCUUUAUUCGGAGAGUUCGAAACGGUGCCGAGAGUCCAACCGAACCUUUUCCACCGGCAUUUCCACGGUUCUCAUUCAGGAAAGCGGUUCUGUUCCAGGGGACUGACGGGAUGUUGCAGGUGAGUCACGUGACACUCCGCUUGGUAACUGAAAACUGAGGAGGGAGGGGGGCUCAGUUUUCAGACGCGCGCGCGCGCCAGAGCACGAGCGUUUUCAGUUGAGUGGAGGUUGUUGGGGUUCAGAGCGGACAUGCGGCCCCCGGGGGGAAAUGGGACGUUUGUCUACCUGUGGACCUGCAGGCAGUUCCAGGAGCAGCAGGCGGAGUGGGAGCCGCUGAACCGGCUGCUGCAGCAGCGGGGCUUCCGGCCGGUGCUCUUUGCGGACCCCGUGGAGAACAAGAACCCUGCAGAACUGGGCCUGCUGGACAGGAAGUCCGCAGCGGCGCUCAGGCGGACUCUGGAGACGCUGCUGGCGGACUCGGACAGGAGGCAGGCUCUCCUGCAGGAGCUGGUCGGGUCCAACAACCGGCUCCGGGAGGAGGUCCAGGAGCAGAUGAGUCGCGCCGCCCAGCACUCCCAGAGGGCCUCGGAGCUGCAGGCGCUGCUGGACCAGGUGAAGGUGAAGGUCCAGGACCUGGAGGACCGCUGCAUCUGCAGGGCUGCGCAGACGCACAGCCGCACGCUGCAGCUGCAGCGCCACAGCGCAGAGGCCAUACGCCGCUGCGAGCAGCUGCAGCAGAAGCUGCGCAGGAAGGAGGAGGAGGCCGCCAAGCUCCGCUGGAAGCUGCGCUUCGCCGUGGAGCAGGAGGAGCGGCGCUUGGCCCGGCGGAACCGCAGCUUCCAGGAGAUCUGCGGGAAGACGUCCCGGCUGCAGACCGCCGCCGAUCAGCGGGUUUUGGACGUCAUCGACUUCUACGAAGCGGAGAGGAGGCGACUGAUGGAGGAGCUCAGGUCUGCUAGAGGAGGAGCCGAGGCCUCGGAGCUGCAGGACGGUGGGGAACGGACCGCCGCCGGCGCUCCUUCAUCCUUCAAAACAGACCUCAAGGUGUUCCCACAAAAGGAGAGGCGCACGCAGCUGGAGGCGGAGCUAGACUCCAGACCGACCCGGGAGCAGCCGAAGGGCCGCAGACGGCGCCACCUGGAGGGGCUGCAGCCGGGCGCCGCCAGGUUGACCACAGUGGGCGGAGCUAAGACAAAGGGCGUAGAAGAACCUCCUAGGGAGGUCUGGCUGUGCGCUCAGUUCCGAACCCUGCUGUCUGACAUCAGAGCGGUCAUCGGGAGCCCCGCCUCCUCCAAAGAGGCGGAGUCAGAGCUGGCUGACUUCCAGGCGCUCCUGCCGGUGUUGGAGGACUGGGCUGGCCAGCGCCGCCUGCUGAAGGACCUCCGGGACCUGCUGGUGGACCUGUCAGGCGGGCCUCGAGAGGACUCUGCGGCCGCGGUGAAGGUGGAGGACCUGAUCGUGCUGGUGGAGGACAUGCUGGAAAACGCAUCCAAAGACCCUGAGCAGAAGCUCCGGAACUCCGCCCCCUACACUCUGAGCGCCAUAGUGUCCCACUUCCAGAAGCUGUUCGACGUUCCGUCCCUCAGAGGGGUCUACCCCCGCAUGAACGAGGUCUACACGCGGCUGGCAGAGAUGACCAACGCCAUGAGGAACCUGAAGGACGCUCUGGACCUGGACGGCAGAGCGUCGCCUGCGGAGGUGGUGAACCACGUGUCUGCGCUGGCGUCUGCUCAGCAGUCGGGACUGCGGGACCUGCUGGAGGAGGCGGACAUCGACAGCGUCAUCCUCAAAGUGAAGCAGCACGACGAGUUCCUGCCCGCCUUCCACCGCCUCAUCACCGACAUCCUACAGACUCUGGGUGUGACUCACCUGGAGGAAAUCCUUCCUGCUUUGAAGUCUCUGCAGCGUUCUGCAGCCUGAUCUCCCGAUUAUUCCACAAAAAAACCACAGGAGAAUAAAACCGUCUCGGUUCCUUCACUUCUCGGAAAUUCUUCUGUCCUCCACUAAAUACCUGUGGGACAUGACCAAAGAGCUGUCAAUUGACCCUCUGGACAUGACCAAAGACCUGUCAAAGGACACUAGGGACAGGACCAAGGGGCUGUCAAAGGACACUAGGGACAUAACCAAGGGGCUGUCAAAGGACACUAGGGACAGGACCAAGGGGCUGUCGAAGGACACUGGGGACAGGACCAAGGGGCUGUCAAAGGACACUAGGGACAGGACCAACGGCUGUCAAAGGACACUAGGGACAGGACCAAGGGGCUGUCAAAGGAAACUAGGGACAGGACCAAGGGGCUGUCAAAGGACACUAGGGACAGGACCAAGGGGCUGUCAAUUGACACUAGGGACAGGACCAAGGGGCUGUCAAAGGACACUAGGGACAGUACCAAGGGGCUGUCAAAGGACACUAGGGACAUGACCAAAAAGCUGUCAAUUGACACUCAGGACAUGACCAAAGACCUGUCAAAGGACACUAGGGACAGGACCUAGGGGCUGUCAAAGGACACUAGGGACAGGACCAAGGGGCUGUCAAUUGACACUAGGGACAGGACCAAGGGGCUGUCAAAGGACACUAGGGACAGGACCAAGGGGCUGUCAAAGGACACUAGGGACAGGACCAAGGGGCUGUCAAAGGACACUAGGGACAGGACCAAGGGGCUGUCAAAGGACACUAGGGACAGGACCAAGGGACUGUCAAUUGACACUAGGACAGGUCCAAGGGACUGUCAAAGGACACUAGGGACAGGACCUAGGAGCUGUCAAUUGACACUCGGGAAGGAAUCAAAUAGCUGUCAGAGGAUACCAAGGGCUGGGUGAUAUGGCCUAUAAAUAUAUCUCUUAACAUUUGUUUUUCAUUCUCAUUUCAUUUAGACACAAAAAGUACAGAAAAUAUUUAACAAAAACUCUUAUUGUUACGUUUCCUUUGUGAAAUAAACACGAAUGCUGGUAGAACAUAUUGGCCUGUUUUUAAUGAGCUGCCGCAACUUUUUGUUGUUAUAAAUAUGUUUUAUUGUCAAACUGUUUGAAUUAUGGAAGCAUUUUUGUAUACAGAAAGUCAUUAUGGUAUUUAAGGUAAAUUAAAAACAAAUUUUGAACAUUU